ACACCCACACCCACAACACUUUCGCCACUCCAGUUCCGAGUUCCAGAGCCUUUAAAUCCUGCAGCAUUUUACUCCAAUUCUAGUCUCUCUCACUGGAACGCCACCAUGUCCGACCAAGGAGUCUUCGACACCAAAGUAGUGACCAUGACCACGUUCGUCAUGAAGGAGGGGAGGAAGGCGAAGGGCACCGGGGAGCUGACGACGCUGCUCAACUCGCUGUGCACGGCGGUGAAGGCCAUCUCCAGCGCCGUGCGUAAAGCCGGCAUCGCCCACCUUUAUGGCAUUGCUGGCAGCACCAAUGUGACGGGCGACCAGGUGAAGAAGCUGGACAUUCUGUCCAACGAUCUGAUCAUCAACAUGAUCCAGUCGUCUUUCACCUCCUGCGUGCUGGUGUCUGAGGAGAACGAGAAGGCCAUCAUCAUAGAGCCGGAAUCGAGGGGCAAAUACAUCGUGUGCUUUGACCCUCUGGACGGCUCCUCCAACAUUGACUGUCUCGUCUCCAUCGGAACCAUCUUCGCCAUCUACAAAAAGUACACAGACGAUGAGCCGUGUGAGAAGGACGCCCUGCACCCCGGCAGGACCCUUGUGGCGGCCGGCUACGCCCUCUACGGCAGCGCCACCAUGAUGGUGAUCUCCACCGGCCAAGGAGUCAACGGCUUCAUGCUCGACCCAGCAAUUGGCGAAUUCAUCCUGGUCGAUCGGGAUGUGAAGAUCAAGAAGCGAGGCAAGAUUUACAGCGUGAACGAAGGCUACGCGAUGCACUUUGACCCGGCGGUGACAGAGUACCUGCAGAAGAAGAAGUUCCCUCAGGAUGGCACGGAGCCGUACGGCGCCCGUUACAUCGGCUCCAUGGUGGCAGACGUCCACCGGACGCUGAUGUACGGAGGCAUCUUUUUAUACCCAGGAAAUGUGAAGAGCCCCCAAGGAAAGCUGCGGCUGCUGUACGAAGGCAACCCCAUGGCCUUCAUCAUGGAGCAGGCGGGCGGCAUGGCCUCCACCGGCUUAGAGCCCAUUCUGGACAUCCAGCCCGACAGCAUCCACCAGCGGGCUCCCGUGGCCAUGGGCUCCCCCGAGGACGUCCUGGAGUACAUCGCCAUCUGCCAGAAACAUGCCAAGAAGUGAGACCACACCGACUCGCUCUCACGACCACCGCUGUUUGGCGAGAAAGAAAAAAAACUUGUAUCUCCAAACUGGAAGUCUGCCUCACUUUGAGCUUGAUGUAGAUGAAUCUUAUGGAGUUUGAAGUCUGGGGAUUUUCUUAGUAAAAUACCUAAAUUUGGAGUCACAACUUUUAUUUUUUAUUUUUUUUUUGAAUGCCAGAACGGCAAUGUUGAUGUUCUGCUGAUGGAUAAAAGAAAGAAGGUUCAGUAGAAACAUGAAAACUGUGGCUCAUGAGCUCAAUAACUCACACAAACACACACAUUCCCCAAAAACAACUACAAAGAACAAAAAUGUGCCCUAAAAACCCACAAAUGCACUUGAAUAAACUAAAACCUGAAGACUUUCAUUCUUCCUGUUUACCUCCACUGCCUUUUUUUUUUUUAAAAAUAGAAUAAACAUAUUCUAGUCGUGUGAAGGACCAAAUACCAAAACCUCUAUGCAACAAAACGUGAUGCCUUUCAUAAUGUGAACAACUUCUGUUUCUGGAAUGAUGAAGUCUCAAUAAAUCCAAAUGAGUCGAAGACAAA